CCCCGCUCACACGAGGCCGUUUGCGUUUUAUGCACAGUAUUCGUAUUCCAAAAAGUCUUCCGUUCACAUGCAUUUGUUUCAUUUAACGUGUCUGUUCAAACGAGGCCGCUGGAAACUCUGUAGUACAUAUGCUGGGACUGUAAGUGGCGCUGUACUUCUACACGAGACCGCUCGAAAGCUGUAGUACAUAUGGCGGGACUGUAAGUGGCGCUGUAACUUCCGCCACAAAAUACACCAAAAGCAGCGAGUAUAAGAUCCCCCCCGGAUGUGUGUGAGGCACAAACAAAACAAACAAACGAAGAUGGCUGUUAUUCGCGCAAGAAAGGAGCUAUUUCCGUGGUCCGACGACGAGGUGGAACUUCUUUUAAGUGUAACACUUGAGUAUAAGACGACAAAAAUACAGGAUAAUGUAGACUGGGAGUCCUGCAAGCCUAAAUAUACGGAGAUAGCCGACUUAUUUCAGGCGCAAUAUCCGAGGACCCCGACUGAAAAAGAUUUCCCUCACGAGCAGAACACAAUUUCACAGGGCCAGCUUACAGCGAAACUAAAACAGGUACGCAUUAAGUACAGGCAGGCGGUGGACCUCGGCCGUCGAAGUGGCCAAGGACGUGUUGUUUACAUGUUCUUCGAGCUGUGUGAGCAGAUCUGGGGUGGAUCGGCUGCUACGCACCCCAAUAGCGCUGGCGUCGAGACGGGGGACUUGUUCGACAUGGAAGAGUCGUCGCCCGGACCAAGUUCAUCCCCGAGUUUGGAGCAUUCCACGGAUUUGCCAGAGUCGAGUAGAUCCAACGGAACUCUGCCAACUGCUGCCGUUGUGAGUCAUCGCAGGGAUCUGCUCCAGGCACGGCUGGACGGCCACAGAAGUGACCGCAUGAAGAGGAAGCUUCCAGCUGAACAUGCGGUGCAGGAAGAGCUGCGAUUAAAAAGCCGGAUGUUGGACUUAAUGGAGGAAGCAACCAGCCGCAGCGCAGCCAGCAUGGAUCGUAUGAACAACACCAUGGACAACAUUAAUGUGACUGUACAGAAUGGCCUUUCCCUGAUGAGCCAGUUCAUGCAAGUUCAUACUAACAACAGUGGAUAUGGACACUUCCAGGUGCCCUCAUACCCACCCCUAAUGAAACCCCUCUGUACCACACACCCCACAGCAACAAUCUCCUCCAUAUUCAUUCAGGCGGUCACUGGAUGAGGAGGAGCAGUAAAGCAGUGAGCUUCUUUUUUUUUCACAGCACUUUUUGGUCAAAGGAAGUCUGUAAACAUUUUUAUUUUUAACUCCACCAGACUUUGUACAAAUGGAGAAUCACUUUUUUUUUAAGCCUUUUUUUUUUAGCUAGCAAAGGUAUUUUUUUCCCUUUUACUGUGUACACAUUUAUA